GUAGCCGACCGAUGGACCUGGGGGGCCGGGGAUUGUCACUGCAAUAUCAAUGUCUCCUAUUGGUGUAUUUUCACGUAAAACUUUUGACGUUCUGGUUACAUAGCAACAAGGUAAACAACAUGGAGGAGAAAUAUACAUUUGUUUAUAUUGAAAGUAAAAAAUACAAAAGGCUUCAAGACCCAUCUAUUCAAGAAUUAUUAUUGAAAUGGUCAGUAAAAGGGAAUUUGAAAUUUCAAACAUAUUGCUUCAACCAGCAUUUCCAACUAUACCAAAAACAAGAACUUGCAAAUGCUUUCUUCCAAGACCAUGUAAUAGCAUCCACACUACAAACAAUGUCACUCUCUGGUUCAUGGGCUCCAGUAGGUAUUGUGGCUACAUCUGUUGAUGUAGAACACAUCCCUUGCUCUGCAACAACCAUGGCCAUAUUCAGCUGUCUGCAGGAUUCAUCAAAUGGCAUUGUUAGAAGUGAUGGGUGGAUUGUGCAACGUCCAUAUGAAGAAAUUGAUAACUACACUGUAGCUGAUGAGCUGAGAAAUGUGCUACUAAAUCAUGACUGUCAUAACUACAAGUUAAUUUCAGAGGCCCAUCGUGAGGAAUUUCUGUUUCGCCUUUUUAAACACUUGUGCCUUGGAGGACAGUGGUGCCAAUAUGAAGAUAACAUCAAACCAUAUAUUAACACAACAAAAAUACUGUAUAAGGAUAUUAUUAGAGUGCAGAAGCAUCCAGCUACAAAGGAAGUGACUAUAACUUCAAUAGUGCUAAAAGUUGUAGCAAGAGGAAGUGAUGGUAUUGCAUACUUUCCUCGCAAUCCAGAAAAUGAACAGAAUUUUGCUUACCUCAUUGUUGAUCCUUAUAAUCGACAGAUUACUACUUUAGUACACCAUUAUGGAGGAACAUUUCAAUCCUAAGAACGAUACUGGAUAAGUCCUACAUAAGUAAUAAGUUUAAAAUGCAAAUUUUCAAAUUUGCUUCAAGUGGUGUGCAAUAUAUCCAUGAACUAAUUUCUCAAAAGUAAAUUAAUAAAUCUGGGUUUAGUAGUGAUAUGUUGUACACACGCACGCACACAUUUUAUUUUUGUAUGAUUUUUUAAGUGCCAUGUUUCUAAAUUAAUAAUUUUGAGCUCAUUUUUGUAUGUUUAAAUUCCUCAACAUUUAAUAUAUAAUGUAUUAUUA